AUGCGAUACCGAUGUUGGAAAUGCGAACCGAUCGCAUUGCGAACCCGGAAAGUGCCCACGCGAUUUCGCGAGAAGGUCGCAGGUCUGAUCAAGGGCCUCCUGGCCGCCGAGUUAAUCCGACCCUCGACAUCGCCAUGGGCCUCACCGAUCGUGAUUGUUCGCAAGAGUAACGGUGUGGAUAUCAGGUUGUGCAUUGGUUACAAGUUCGUAGACAGCCUCACGAGAUUGAUGGUUUACUCUAUGCCUCUGAUCAGUGAUCUGCUAGAAGAUCUGGAUAAAGCAGUAUGGUACUGUAUGGCCAGCGGCUUCUGGGUCGUGCCCAUGACGGAUCGGGCUCGCGAGAUCUCAGCAUUUAUCACCCCGUUUGGAUUAUUCGAAUGGGGUCGCAUGCCAUUCGGUCUAAAGAAUGCCCCGCAGAUUUAUCAACGCCUCGUAGACAACGCGUUGUAUGGAUUUUUGAAGAUCUCGCCAUCAAGCCACGCUGGGGCUACAACGGACGUGUUCCAGACAGGGAUCGCGGACGAUCCUGAUCGCGAGGCAGUGUUGGGACGGAGAUCAUACAUCGACGAUAUCAAGAUCGCAGCGGAAUCGUGGGAUCAAAUGUGCCGAAGAGUGGAAGAUCUGUUGGAACCUUGUGAUAAGUGGAAUUUGUCGAUCAGUGUGACCAAGAGCUUUUGGGGCAUGGAUAAAGCGAGCCCGAAAGACCUGAGAUCGUUGACCGAUCUGCCAUUCCCCGGAUCACUGCGAUCUAUGCAGUCGUUCCUGGGCAGUCUGAACUAUUACAGCCGAUUCAUCGAAGAUUACGCUAUCUAUGCCUCGGUACGCUACGAACUACGUGAAGUGGAGUUUGCAGAACUGGAGAAACGAUCGGAUCUGAAGAAGAUCUUGGACAGAAAUGACCCAAUCUCUCGAGAUCACGACCCACCGGAACUGAAGUUGACGGGACCAGUGGACGAGAGGUGGAUCAGGGCACACAGGGCCUUCGUCGCCUUGAAAACCAAGAUCGCGACGACCCCAGUCCUCCGCCAUUUCGACGAGGCAAGAACGCCGGUAGUUAUCGUAUAUACCAGUGAUUGGGCGAUAUCCGCUUCGUUGACACAAGAACACGACGGGAUCUAUCAUCCGGUGGCGUUCGCCAGUCGCACCUUGAAGACGAACGAGUUGAAUUACAAUGUGACUGAGAAACAGGUGUUGGCACUGCUGAGGAUCUUGGAUAUCUAUUUCAAUUUGCUAGUAGGACGUGAGAUCCGG